AUGGACAAUCUUGAACUAUUUGGCAGUUUGCGCGUCAGGUCGUCGACCAGCAAGAUGCUACAUAUAAAUUUUAUGGAGGUAGGGUUUCGUAUUGUGCAUUGUGCAGGGUUCGGAACCGGGGAGGACGGAGGAAAUGAGCUUUGCAUUGGUUUCGCGGCACUCGAAAUACAUUCAACUCAUCCCGAGAGAACAACCGACCAACGCACAACGGCAGAACUCUGCACGGCUCCCGUUCGCGAAAGCCUUGCGACGCUUCGAGAAAGAUACAAGCCAAGUCGUUUCAAAUCAAAUUUAAUGUUCAGAACGCCGUUUUUUAAUUCGGAAUCGGGAGAGGAGAAGGAGGACACAUUCAGCGGUCAUCUAAACUCGAAUGAAACUACGUGCUUUGGUCCUUCCUGUACAGAUUUUUCUCUAUCACAGAACCACGAAAUCGUAUUAUUGAAGGGUUCGGACAUGACGUCGGGAAUACUACCCGAACAAGACUCUGACACGUCAAGAUGGAAUAUACCUCUGCGGUUCAAGCACGAUGAAGAAUCGGGGGAGGAGGAGUAUAUCCUUACAUAUUGUUCGAAAUGUAAAGAAUGUGAGAUAUUCUUGCACACGUCUCCCCACGUCUGGGAUGCUGCGAAUGGAGGAAUAUAUUACACCUGUCUUAUGCACAGCCAGGACAGUAGUAUUUACGUGAUAGAAAGACAGGGAGCACAUUCAUCGAAGGGGAGACUGUUCAUUGAGGGAGGGAGAAGGCUGUUCUUUGAGGGAGGGAGGAGGCCAUUCGUCGAACGUUCACCGUUUGUCGAGGGAGAGAGGAGACCCAUCGAGCGGGGCAGUGCCCAGGUGUUCAAGAAGGCCGUGACCGCGUUUGGCAGAGGGAUAGCCGGAAUGCAUCCCAAUGAUGUCAUUCUUCCCGAACGGCUUCUUCCCGCCAACGUUACCAAGGGUGCAAGAGGAAAAGUGACGAAGCAGCUAGAACACAAGCAUCUAGACGACCUCGAAGACCGCCUCCACACUGUCGGCAUAUCAGAGUGCAAAUAUGAGAUGGAAGCGACUGCUGGGAGGGGUAGCUGUAAGGAGUGGAGGAUUGCGGAUGUUGGUGUGGCCAAGGGGAGACAGCUCCAGCUCAAAGCUCUUCUGUCACAGAUCCCGUUGCCAGCUUCGACGAUCGUUGGUAUGCGGUUACAGUUGGCCGGAUUCCAGGCGUCUAUAGAGGCGCUCACCACCUGA